UAAAAUUUUUAAUUAAAAAAAAUAUGCCUUUAUAGCUACUUUUUUUCAAAUCCAUUUUCAUUUUCAUUUUCAUUUGCAUUUCGUUUUCAUUCGCAUCUCAUUUUCUCUCUAGAGCAGAACCGCAGUGAAGAUUUGAGCAGAAACCCUAAUUUUCAAAUGGGUCAGAUCCAGUACUCCGAGAAAUACUUCGACGACACCUAUGAGUACAGGCACGUCGUUCUUCCUCCGGAAGUGGCCAAACUGCUCCCCAAGAAUCGCCUUCUCUCUGAGAAUGAAUGGCGUGCUAUUGGAGUGCAGCAGAGUCGUGGCUGGGUUCACUAUGCCAUUCAUCGCCCCGAGCCACACAUCAUGCUCUUUAGGAGGACUCUGAACUAUCAACAGCAGCAGCAGGAGAACCAAGCAUAAGGCCCAAGUAAUCAGAUAUCAAUCAACAUUUGAGUAUCUGGAACUGAAAUUAAAUACUUGAUACUUGAACUUUAUGGUUUGUUAUGAGUAGUUUGGAUGUUAUUAUAUUUUGCACUGUCUAUGCUACUUAGUUCUCCCAUUUGGAGAAUUUAAUGACAAGCUUUUUACUUAGUUAAUCUGGGCUAUAUUAGGAGGAGGAUGACUCCAUCAAGUCUCUUCCAUCGGAUGAAAAAACUUGUGUUUACCUCUGGUGUACUAUGAUUUUGUGGAUUUAAAAUCCAGUUAUGUACUAUUUAUGGGAGGUUGAUGGAAGUGUCUGCCAUUUGUGUGUUUCGUUUUGA